AUGUCCUUUACCAAUCCUCGAAAACGCAAGAGAAGCCACCCGCACCCAUAUCUCAGCGGAAAUUUCGCUCCUGUACGGCACAGCCAGCCUUUGACGCCUUGCAAGUACUCGGGCACCAUACCAGAAGAGCUCUAUGGGGGCGAGUAUGUGCGCAAUGGAGGCAAUCCUGUAUCAAACGAGGACCUGGGUAGAGAUGCCCACUGGUUUGACGGCGACGGAAUGCUCAGCGGCGUUGCCUUUACAAGAACUCACGACGGAGUACAGCCGGAGUUUGUCAAUCAAUAUGUGCUUACCGAUGUGUUUCUGUCGAGCAUUUCCUCCCACCACCUCCACGCUCCAAUCCUACCGAGCAUAGCUACACUCGUGGACCCCCUUUCAUCAUUGUACCGAAUCGUUCUUCUCGUUUUCCGAACCAUAUUUCUUGUAAUUCUCUCGCGCCUAUCGGGAUCUGGUCGAGCCAUCAAGAAAAUCAGUGUGGCAAACACAGGAAUCGUGUUCCACGAUGGGCGGGCACUGGCAACUUGCGAGUCCGGCCCGCCAAUGCGCAUUGCUCUACCUGGACUUGAGACUGUUGGCUGGUACAACGGCAGAAAAGCCGAGGGCGAAUACGGCGUUGGCGACGAGGGUCCCGAAUUGGGAGGUAAAGGCCUGCUAGGCUUCAUGAAGGAAUGGACGACUGCACAUCCUCGCAUCGAUCCUACGACCAAAGAGCUGAUACUGUUCCAUUCGACUUUUAUACCGCCAUAUGUCCACUAUUCUAUCAUUCCCGCGACUCACUCUCCGGCAGUCUUACCUCAGACACCGCUCGAGCAACCUAGAAGGCUUCUCAACGUCUCUGUCCCGGGCAUAGCAUCAGCCAAAAUGAUGCAUGAUUUUGGGGUAUCAUUGAACCACACCGUGAUCAUGGAUCUUCCACUGUCACUAGAUCCGUUGAAUCUCAUCAAGAAUUUACCUGUGGUCGCGUACGACGCUUGCGGCAGGUCCCGCUUUGGCGUUUUCCCACGAUAUGUGCCCCAACAGGUUCGGUGGUUUGAGACGGAUGCAUGUUGCAUCUUCCACACGGCAAACACAUGGGACGAACAAGUAAUCAACAAAGAUACGGGAGAGGUCAAGAUCACAGCUGUCAACAUGCUCGCAUGUCGACUGACGUCUGCUUCACUUGUUUUCGCCGCCGGCGACGUUGCCCUACCUGAGACUGGCGGAAGUGAAGAAGACGACCAGUGCCGUCUGUAUUACUACCAAUUUUGCCUUGAUGGCAACAGCAUCAAGUACCAGUUUGCCCUGAGCGCCAUCUCGUUUGAGUUUCCUAGUACACGGGACGACCGAUCCAUGUCCGAGUCCAAGUACAUUUACGGUUGUUCGAGCUUCGAGGGCUCCUUUGGCGCGGCGCUUGGGCGAGCCGUCAAAAUCGACUGCCUUGUGAAGAUUAAUGCUGCAGAGCUGAUCCAACGAGGCAAGCAAGAUCCGACCAUACACCCUGUCACCGGAUGCGUGGACCAGCGAACUAUCGAGGAGGUCUGUGGCCCAGACAAGAACCCUAACGAUCCAAUUUCCAUCUUCCGCAUGCCGCAGGGAUGGUAUGCCCAGGAACCACGGUUUGUUCCAAGGAGACGGCGGAGCCGCCGACGGCAUGAGGCCACCGAUCCAGAAAAGUCACACCUCCAACAACAAGAACAAUCACGGGGACAAACCGACCAAGGCGCUGAAGAUAAAGACGAAGAUGAAGACGACGGCUGGCUCUUGACCUACGUGUUUGACGAGUCACAGCUCGACGCCCAUGGCGAAUGUCGCCCAGACGCCACGAGUGAACUAUGGAUCAUUGACGCGAAGGACAUGACCACCGUUGUUGGCCGCGUCCAUCUACCCCGGAGAGUCAGUUACGGCCUCCACGGCGGCUUUUUCUCCGAAGACCAGGUCAAGUCACAACGGCCUGUGGAGACCAUCAAAGGGAUCAAGGACCGGACGGUAUCGCUGAAACAGCAGCAGCAGGAGCAGCACCAGGAGCAGCACCAACAACAACACCAAGAUCUACAUCAAUGCAAGCCUCGACGAGAUGGUCGUUUUCGUCGUUGGGACAAUUAUAAUGAUCCAGGCUGGUGGCCGUGGCUCGCUAUGCGCGACGCACUUGAGAGACUUGUAGGCUGA